CAUGACUGUGUACAACCCGGUAAUGCCCUUUCAAGCUGUUUUUCAGAAGCACUUUGGCAGAGAUGGAAAGAUCAUUAUCAUGGGAAAUAUCGCUUAUGGGGCAGACAACUUCAACGUGAAUCUCCUAAACAGCAGAACAAGGAAUAUUCACCUUCACAUCAACCCUCGUUUCCGAGAAGGAGCAAUAGUAAGAAAUACUAAGACCAUUGGCAAUUGGGGUCCUGAGGAGAGACAGAUGUCCUACAUGCCAUUCUAUCCUGGGCAAAGCUUUCAGCUGGAAAUAAGGAACGAGGGAGGAGCUUUCGGGAUCUAUUCUAGUGGAACAAAACUAUUCAACUAUGUCCACCGCCUUCCUUUCAACCAAAUUGACAUGAUCGAAGUUGGAGGAAAUGUCAACUUGACUUUUGUCCAAUACUAA